UGGUGCGCAGCUGUGUGUAAGAUGGAACUACACACACACUCACUCACAGCCUCGCGCACACACUCGAACCCUGCUACGGGACUGGUAGCGCGCGAGCUCACGCUACACACUUAUUAGGUUCCAUUGAUUGCUGUCAGUAUUUGAGACGAGAAACAAGCUUGUUGAGGAACCAGUACACAGCUUUGUCUACUGUACUGGAACUAAUAUAAAUUCAUAUUUGAAUAACUGGCAGCCCACUUUGCCAUAAUGAGGCUGUUGUUGUUACUGCUUUUGUACUGUGUGCAUGAAAUUUUCUGUCAGAAAGAUUGUACAGGAGUGGAAUGCCCACUUCUUAACCACUGCAUUGAUGAGGUUUUGGAAAAUGGUGCCUGUUGUGCCACUUGUCUACAAACUGGCUGCAAAUGUGAGGGCUACCAGUACUAUGACUGUAUUAAUGCUGGCUUCAGAUCUGGUCGAGUGCCUGAAGGAGAAUCUUACUUUGUGGAUUUUGGAAGUACAGAGUGCUCUUGCCCACAGGGUGGAGGACGGAUCAGUUGCCAUUUUAUUCCAUGUCCUGAGCUUCCCGCUAACUGCAUUGAGGUGUCGGAGCCAGCGGAUGGGUGUAUUCAGUGUGAGCGGAUAGGUUGUGUGUAUGAGGGGCAGAAGUUUGAGGCUGGCCAUUCAUUUCACAUGGACCAAGUGUGCCAAGUCUGCCAUUGCCCUAAUAAUGGGGGGAACUUGAUGUGUUCACCGAUCCCAGACUGUGAUCUGAGACAAGUUCAUAAACCCAUGCUUGCAGCUACCACAGAGGAAAACACACCAUGGAGACAUCAAAAUAAAAUCCAAAAUCUUUUCAACCAUCAAGGCUCAAGAACUCCCUUCUCCAAACCUUUUCCACAGUCGUAUCGUGACAGCCUGCCUCCAUUCAAACCAAACCCAAGCAACAUUGAUGGAGAUGAAGGGGAGGAGGAGGAUGAGGAGAACUAUGACUACACUACAACAGAUUCCUUAAAGCAAACUCGGUAUGACCCUGCCUCUCCAGUGGAAUCCUAUGUUAUCUCAGUUUCUGAUCUGGAAAACAAUCCUUCUCACCAAGCCAGAGGAACCAAGCAGGAGCUUAAAGAAAUAUUUGGUGUGCAUGAAGCAACAACUGAAAAGUUUCCCUUAAAUGAAGGGCGUAUAGAUGGGGCAAAAUAUCGUCGUCAUAAAGUGAAGUCUACGAAAGACACUAUGGAAGUUUCUGGAGACGAUAUUAGAGGAGCACCAGUUAGCAUUCCUAAAGUUACUACCAACAAAGAGACAAUCCCCAUCUAUAGAGAUACCACACAUGAAGAACAAUUAUAUGUUUACAGAGACACAACUGUAAAUGAGAGUUAUGGCCCCUAUAAAGAUCAUAACAACACAGAGGUUUUUGAGGAAAGAGACAGCCUGAGGAAGAUGUCAGAGAUCUUUAAAGAAACCACUGACAGUAAUGAGUUUGAUUCAUAUGAAGACAACACAUACAGUGAAAUACUCACUGAUUCUCCAGUGACUGUAUUUCCAACUAUGCCUCAAUCUACAGAGGAGACACAGAUGACAACAACAUCGCAGACUACCUGGGGCAGUGUUUUACCAGAUCAGGCUUACCAGAGCACACCAGAAACUGUGGUAUUUUACAGCACACAAAAGGAAGAGGUGAACGUAGAAAAGCAAGAAAUCCCAUUAAAUAAUGUCACAAAGAGUGACAAAAAUCAUGCAGUGGAUGAAAUGGUUGUAAAACAUGAAAAACACCGUUUACAAUCUAUAAAGGAAAGCAUCUAUGAAUCUUCAGCAGCACCUGACAGACCAGAAGAACAUGAAACCAAAUCAGAGAUAAAACCAGAAGCAUAUACGAAUCCCCCUGUGAUCUUAAGCCCAACCAGCCAGUCACACUUGAGAGUGAACACAGAGGGUGGACAACCUCUAAGUAAACAUUCGUAUAGUCUGUUUGAUGUUGCAGAAGAGGAUGAAGAAGAGAUUGAGGAAAAGGAAGAGAAAGACAACACACUCAGUUCUAAUACAAAAGCCAACGAGGGACUGUCUGCUUUGGUAAUAGUGGAGACCUGCUGUAAAGCUGGGCAGAAAUGGGCCUCAGAGAACCAGGACUGCAACCAGCUGCCCCCUGUAAUAGAAGAAGCCUCGGUUUGUGGGGCUGUUCAAGAGAAGUGUUGUGCGGGUGCAUUGAGAGAGAGCAGGUGUUUAACUGGCAUGUAUGCUGCCAGAGCAGGUGAGGUGUGUGAAGACAGCAUUUCACACUGUGGAGAGGAUACCCAAAAAGAGUGUUGCAGCUGCUGUGCACUUGGAUUGCGCCUGCGACGUGAGGGGAAGGGCUGUAAUGCACAUCAACAUUUUAGCUACCCUUGUGGACACAUUUUCCUCACCUGCUGUGAGGAAGAAGAUGAAGGGCAUAGUACUCCUGUACUAAAAAGAAAGGAGAGACCUAGACCUACCACCCUGCCAAAAAAAGUGGCAGCCAGACCAUUCCCAAAGCAGUCUCUCUCCAUCCCUGAGUUAGAGCAUGUAUCUAACACUGUGGAGAACCUGGAGGAUGUAGACGAGUGUGAGAGAUUUGAGGGAAAGCGCUGCCUUCACAUCUGCAUCAACACGUUGGGAUCCUACAAAUGUGAAUGUCACCCCGGAUAUACGUUGAUGCAGGAUGGACACACUUGCUCACUCGAGAAUGUUGAGGAGGACAACAGAGUGACAGAAGAAGACAAUGUGUUUACUUUGGCCACACCGCCUGAAGAGUCCACCCAGAUCUCCUCUGUACAAAAUCUAUGUUCAGGUAAUGGCCCAUGUUCUCAGCACUGCUCUGCUGUGGAAGGACUGGUCCACUGCUCCUGUUUUCCAGGAUUCUCACUGAUGUCUGAUGGACAGACAUGUGAAGAUUUGAAUGAGUGUGUGACAAACACACACACCUGCAAGCCCAAUGAGAGCUGUGUAAACACAGUUGGAGCCUUCAUGUGUGAGAGGCAGAUAUCUUGUUCAAGUGGCUACCAACUGAGGAAUGGAGUAUGUGAAGAUAUUGAUGAGUGUGCUGUACAGAGCCAUGACUGUGGCUCAGGAUUCCAGUGCCAGAACACACAUGGCUCGUUCCGCUGCAGCCCGAAGCAGAAACAAUGCCUCACCGGUUUCUCUCAGGACCCCCAUGGCAACUGCAUUGAUAUUGAUGAGUGCAGUGUUGUGAGAGAGCCAUGUAUAACAGGCUUUAACUGCAUAAACACUGUGGGCUCCUACACCUGCCAGCGCAAGAUUAUAUUAUGCACCCGAGGAUAUCAUUCCAGCCCUGAUGGCUCACGCUGCAUUGAUGUGGAUGAGUGUGUAACAGGAACACAUCGCUGUUCUGAGGGUCAGAUCUGCAACAACCUCCCUGGCAGCUACCGAUGUGACUGCCAGCCAGGCUACCAGUAUGAUGCUAUACGUCGCCUGUGCAUUGAUGUGAACGAGUGUUGGCGUUACCCUGGGCGUCUCUGUUCUCAGACCUGUGAGAACACUGUGGGCUCCUACAAGUGCUCCUGCACCACAGGCUUCUCCCUUGCCUUUGAUGGCAAGAAUUGUGAAGAUGUUAAUGAAUGUGACAACAAUCCAUGCAGUCAGGAGUGUGCCAACAUCUAUGGCUCAUACCAGUGCUAUUGCCGUGUAGGAUAUUAUUUGAAGGAGGACAGCCACACCUGUGAAGAUAUUGAUGAGUGCUCUCAAAGCAUUGGGAACAUGUGCGCCUUCCAGUGUGUGAAUGUUCAAGGCAGCUACCAGUGCGCCUGCCCCCCUCAUGGCUAUUCCAUGUCACCCAAUGGACGCACAUGUCAAGAUAUUGACGAGUGUGCUACAGGAACACACAACUGUUCAACAACCCAAACGUGCUACAACCUUCAGGGAGGAUUUCGGUGCCUGUCCUUUACAUGUCCUGAGAACUACAGGAAGGUGUCAGACACACGCUGCGAGCGGGUAAGCUGUUUCGGCUCCCAGUGCCAGAACUUGCCAUUUCGCAUCACCUUUUAUCAGCUUAGCUUCCAGACUAACAUCGUCACCCCAGCACAGAUCUUCCGCAUUGGCCCCUCUCCAGCCUACACAGGUGAUAACAUAAUCAUUAGCAUCCCGCGUGGCAAUGAAGAGGGUUACUUUAGCACACGCCGACUCAACAGCUUUACCGGAGCUGUGUACCUGCAGCGGCAGCCUCAUGGCCCUCGUGACUUCCUCAUCGACGUAGAGAUGAAGUUACUGCGCCAGGGCACUGUCACCACGUUCCUCACUCACAUCCACGUCUUCAUCACAGCACACUCCAUGUGAUGACCCUUUCUGUUGCAUCAUAUCUGCUUUCAUAAGGUGCUAAUCUCCUUAGGGGGUUGUCUGAGUAUCUCAUUAACUUCUUUGCUGAACAGAUUUUCAAAAAAAGCUUAUCCAAAAGGAGCUAUGAUGGUGCUUUUUUUUUUUUUUUUUUACAGGAAUCCAAAAGCUUGUGUUCUGUCAUGACUUGACAAAAAGAGAAAUGCAAACUGCAUCAACUUACAGACGUAGUUGAUUUCCAUUUCCAGUUCUUCUAAGUAAUUAAAGUUACUUAGUACUAGAUGUUAUUUUUUCCUGAAACAGUUUUGAUUUCUUGAAAUUUCUGCAGGGCCUCAUUAAUGAUUUUAAAAAGCAUUGUUUCCUAGCUGAGGGAAACUGUGGGAAAGAUGGAGUGGUAAAAAUGUGGAUCCUUAAAUCUUCUUUACAUAGUGUUGCAUCUCUUUAUUUUACCCAUUAUAAAUGUUUCAAUCAUUUUGGGAACAAUUAUUUACUGUACAAAAUGUAUACUACUAAUGAGUACAUAUACGGCACUUAUUUUCGUUAUCAAAGGGAAAUACUGCAAAAACAUCUUUUGUAAUCACUGUGAUUAAUAUUUUGUACCUGAAAAGAUGUAUAAUAUUUUGUAAUAUUUGUAGUUUGCUUGUUUUCUGUUUGUAUCUGUUAUUGCAAGGCACAUUUGACAUUCACACUUGGAGUCUGUGUGAGAUACAAUGUAGCACUGACAUUACAUUACAAGACAGUUUGUAUGGAGGUUUUAUUUUAUUUUAUUUUUUUGCUUUCUAUAUCUAUUUCUGUAUGUUAUCUAAUCCUCUCAGGGUAAAUGCAUCAGAUCAUUUCUUUGUGUUGUCCAAGUGAUUACCAUAUCACCAUUGAUUUAAUAAACAAACAAUAAAUAACAGACCCACAAAAGCA